UUGAAGUGUCAAACGAACGCAGGCUACAGUGCAAGCGUGGUGUGAAUAUUCCUGCAAUACUAAUUUAUUUACUUAAAAUUCUCGCCCGCAUCAUAUUUUUUAUUAACAAGUCGAUAUCGCGCGACCAUUGCAAAUCUAGUCACUUUAAAGUCUUUGGCUGAAUCAAAAGGGUCUUAACCACGAUGAGCAGCGAAGAUGUGAAACUAUUCACCAGGGAGGAGCUGAAAUCCCGUAACACUCGUGAAGAUGCAGUCAUGAUCAUUCAUAACGGUGUCUAUGAUGUCACGCAUUUCCUUGAUGAGCACCCGGGAGGAGAGGAGGUGCUGCUGGAGCAGGCGGGCAAGGACGCCACGGAGCCCUUCGAGGAUGUCAGCCACAGCUCGGAUGCCAGAGCCCUAAUGAAGAAAUACAAGAUCGGCGAGCUGGUAGAGGCGGACCGCACGCAGACUAAGGGCGCGUAUGCGCCGCAGUGGAGCAACGACCAACCGCAGGAGCAGGGCAAUGCGUGGACCUCAUGGCUGGCGCCGCUCCUGCUCGGCGUCGCGGCCACCAUCCUCUACCGCUACCUAUUCGCGUAACCUUCCAACCGAGAACGCCCAUAGGCGUCCGGGGACCUAAAUUAUCUGAGCUGACAUUAACGAAAUUGACAAUCAUUUUAUCGACAAUCGAAAUGCAAUAAAUAAUAUCUAAGGCCCACUUGCACCAUCCCACUAACCCGGGGUUAAGCGGUUUAACCGUUAACCCAGUGUCAAAUUGUACUGGUAACCAUGGCAAGUGGGCCUAAGUAAUGUAUCGGAAUGCGGGUCGAUUUUAAAUUUGUUUUCGUUUUUUCGUCCGAUUUUGAUUUAAUUUGGUGGGAGUUUUAUUAGUUCUCUAAUCCCUUUUAUGUACGCAAUUUCACCUUAUAUCCUAAAACAUCUUCCACUGGAAAAAUGACUGGCUCAAUUGACUGGGAUUUUUUUUGUCCCAAAUUGGGAUUUCGUAUUUACUGCGUUCAGAAUGAGGAGCUUUUAAAAGCAAUCAGAUUUUAUCCAAAAACAAAAAAAGCGAUUUAUAUAAAAUAUAGUAACUUGGCCACUGUGACGUCCACUUACAUUAUAACGUGCGCCGCCUCUUAUUUGAGUUGGAAGCGAUAAACCACUAAGGUCUAGGGCAUAAUAAUAUAUUUCAGCGACGUUAUAAGUAUUAUACGGGUCAUACCUAAUCAUGUCAACCAUGAAUUUGUGAAAUUGGCGAGUCACUAAUUAUAGAAAUCGGCAAAGUACGACACGCUUAUAUCAGCUCAGAUAAUUUUGUCAUAUAAAUAUAAGACAUAACGUAUUUAUUUACAAUACAAAGUAAAUGCAAUGCCAAUGGCUUUGCGUUGCAACUUCAACACAAAAGCAGAGAACGCACAAGUGCGUUUAUUAAGUUAAUUACCAGCCAAAUUGUAACUUAUCGCAUUUUACUUUGUAAGUUUGAGGGGAUGGGUUCGAUUUGGUUAUUUAUUAGGCAAGAAUGUUUUAUGGGUCUUUAUUUUUACUAAAGGGAAUCGGGCUAGGUGGUCAACGUUUAAAAAACCAUUUUGAAGUGUGUAAAUGAAUGAUGAUAGGCAUAUUAUGUAGGUACAGUCAGCAGCAGAAGUUGCUAAGCGGGCGAAGUGUUCAAAAUUACUUUCGACAGGCUCUUGUUCUCUUAAAAAUAAAGUCAAGAUCAUUUUUAACAUCUCGCCCGCUUAGCAACUUCUGCUGCUGACUGUAUUUAAUUAAAGGGUUAAAUAUAGUCAGCAGCAGCAGUCCGCCAAAGAUGUUAACUGAUGACGCGCGCGGCUAUAACCCAAUAUGAACCGACACUGCGUGGGUUAUUCCCACUAGUUACCACUAAGUUUUUACCAGUGGUAACUACUGGGAAUUUUUUUCCCACCUUUUACCACUGGUAACUACUGGGAAUAAAAAUUCCCAGUAGUUACCACCAACUCGGGUUAGUGGUAACUACUGGGAAUUUUUAUUCCCAGUAGUUACCACCAAAACUUUGUUAGUGUUAAAUACUAAUAGAAACAGUAGGUAUGAAUAGUAUAAAUAGAGUUAUUUCGAAUUACCUAAUAAAAUCACUUGAAAAAUCAUCUAAAUGGAUUAUUAAAAUUAUCCUUUAGUACAUAUAUCAUAGUUUUUGUACUAGUACCGGUUAAACUGUUUCAAUAUUUUUGGUCACUUUUAAGGGAGUUUACUAAAACACUAAUCGACUUAUAAUUAUAUAUUAAAUAACUCUAUUUAUUUAUACUACACUAUUUAUAGUGUUUUUAUUAGUAUUUAACUCUAACAAAAUUUUGGUGGUAACUACUGGGAAUAAAAAUUCCCAGUAGUUACCACUAAACCGAGUUGGUGGUAACUACUGGGAAUUUAUAUUCCCAGUAGUUACCAGUGGUAAAAGGUGGGAAAAAAAUUCCCAGUAGUUACCACUGGUAACAACUUGGUGGUAACUAGUGGGAAUAACCCACACUGCGUGUAUUCCGGCGAGGGUUAAAUAUUAAAAAGUAUCCUGAUUACCUUCAGCUCGGUCUCCUAUUGGUAGACUGUAAGGUUGAUCUGACAAUUGAAUGUAAAGGUGUGCCCGUUCUGCUUUAGGGCGUCUGCUAGCUCGCGCGGUUGCAUGGAGCAGGUUAAGAGCCAACAGAAGUGGUAAUUUCUCCAUACAAACGUACUCGACUGUUUCCUCCGUGGGUUUUGAUGCUAGAGCAAUGAUUUUUUUAACACAAAUUAAUAUUGUCAAUAUCUGUGUCGGACCGUUUUGCUUUUUUUGAUAUUUUUGUUUUUUAAGGCGCUAGAGCCCUUCAAAAAUGGCCUAAUUGACUAUGCCGCAAUGAGAGGCGCAGUAUUCAAAACUGAUAUCAAUUAGCGAAAAUAGCAAAACGGUCCGACACAGAUAAUUUCAUAAUCAUUUAGAUUUCCAAGUUUGGUUAGGAUUGGUUAAGUUUUGGAGGAGGAAACAGUCGAGUACGAAAGCUCGAUUUUUGAGAUUUUUACGCGGGAUUUUUCGCCUUGUCCUUAUCGCACUAGUUUUAGGAGCCGCUUCCGUUUCCGGCGGAUUUUCCCUACAAUGGCACCCGCGUGCGUGCGCCAGUCCAAGCGACGCGGACGCUCUUAGGCCCUUUUUGCGUCCAAAGGUUUUCAACUAUUCAUAUAAUUUCUUCUUGUGUUGGAAUUAAACUAAGUGCAUUUUUCAAACGUAAUUAGAGUCCGUCUAAGCUAACUUUGCAGCGACUUUGUUAGAACAGAGUGAGAGAGUGUCAUUAUAAAUGUCACAUUUUGAAAGAAAUUUUACAUCAAUGAUGACCUUACCACACUGUCUUUGCAAAUGCUAUGGAGAAAUUGGCUUGGUCUGACUCUAAUGAUUGAAUUUUUUUUUUUGGGCACUUUUGGAUGAGACUAGCCCAGGACCGGGAUAAGUGGCGUACACGAAGAGAGGCCUAUGCUUAGCAGUGGGCGACUGAAGGCUAGAAUGAUGAUUGUAUUUUUUAAUGAAAAAAAAAUGCUAUACAGGGCAGAUAUACGAAAGAAUAAAAAGCUUAUGCUAAAUUUAAGCUGCAUUAUUCAUAAUUUAACUAUAGUAAUAUCGUGUAAGGCAAAAUGUUGUAUUUUGACAUAAAUCUAAAUUUAUCGUUUUAUGUUUCGGUUUUCUUGUGACUUUAGAAGAUAAAAUAUAUGUAUAGAUAGGUGCAUAAAUAAUAAUAAUAACAUAAAUUGGUAUUAUUGUUAUAUGGAACAGGAAAAACAAAUGACAUCAUAAAUAUACAAUAAGAUAAUUUGAUCAUAAUAAAAGUAUUAUAAACCUGA